AUGAACGAUGCAGAUCUUGGCGAGAACAUCGAUGAAUAUACGCAAGAUGUCGACGGCCAGCAGUCCAAAGGAGAAGCGGAGCGACAAAGUGUUAUCGGGAAGGACGCAGUCCACCUUGAUCCCAGUCGGUGGUGGUUCGCUAGCUCGGCAUUCCCUAUGAUUGCGGGCACACUGGGACCUGUCGCUUCAGCUUUUAGUAUCUGUGCUCUUGUCAGACCAUGGCGAGAACACAUUCCUCCUGGCGAUAAUGUCACGCAAGGGGAGUUUAUCAUUGACCCAGUCUGGCUUACCGCGGUCAACGCUGUCCAGCUGGCGUUGGCGCUCAUCGCAAAUAUAUUUCUUCUCCUUAAUAUGGCGAGGAGGGUACGGUUCUCUAUUGCGCAGCCGGUUACCAUCGUCGGAUGGUACAUCUCAUCCAUAUGUUUAGUGGCCCUCACUGCGACCACGAGCGGGCCGCUAGUCUUGCAACCAAAAAUCGAAUAUGUCUGGUCUCAAGCUUUCUAUUACGGUAUAUUUGCUGCCGUGCUUUAUUUCAUCGUUGCAACUUUGAUGACAGUCACGGUAUGGGGCGCUCAAGCUGGGCACUAUGACAAAGAUUUCGGGUUGACUACAAGUCAGCGCACGCUCAUGCUGCAGACCAUCAUGUUCCUGCUAUAUCUUCUCAUCGGUGCCUUGGUCUUUUCGCAUAUUGAAGACUGGCAGUAUCUUGAUGCUGUAUACUGGGCGGAUGUCACCCUUUUCACUGUUGGUUAUGGUGAUUAUUCCCCAUCAACCACUCUUGGACGUGGCCUCCUCAUCCCCUACGCAUUGGUCGGUGUGAUCAGUCUCGGUUUGGUCAUUGGAUCAAUUCGAAGUCUUAUGCUUGAUCGUGGCAAGCAUCGCCUCGAUGCACGCAUGUUGGAAAACAAAAGACGUGAAUAUCUACGCAAGUUGCGUCGACGCGGCAAGGACGGGUUACUGAGUCCAAUAGAGGACGGUAGUCGGGAAAACGGACUCGACUGGGGCGUUUCCAGCAAAAUGCCACGAACAGAACUCGAACGACGAGAAAAAGAGUUUGGACUCAUGAGGAAGAUACAGGAUAGAGCCGCGACAAGAAGGAGAUGGACAGCAAUGGGUGUUUCUUUCUCUACCUGGAUGGUACUAUGGACAGUUGGUGCCAAAAUCUUCCAAGAAUGCGAAGCUCCUUAUCAAGGCUGGAGCUACUUUGACGCCUUCUACUUCGCUUUCACUGGUCUUACGACGAUUGGCUAUGGUGACUUGACACCAGUUUCGCCGGGCGGGAAGGCAUUUUUUGUAUUUUGGUCUUUACUUGCUCUACCCACAAUGACUGUUCUUAUUAGCAAUGCUGGCGACACUGUUGUCAAAUGGGUUAGAGAUGGAACUCUUCAGCUUGGUAACUUGACGGUUCUUCCGGGCGAGCAGGGCUUCAAGAAAGAAGUAAAGAUGGUAUUAGGGAAACUGUCUCUCGGCAAUUUGUACUCCGAUUCGUUUAAAGAGAAGACUGGCCAGGAGCAGGCCCACGAUGAGCCAGACGCACCAAGAGGGCCUCAGAAGCGCGGCACCAAUAACACGACCAAAACCUCCAAAUCGGGUAAUUCGAUCAGAUUAGCCGAUCCCCUACCUAUACCAAGCACGAAGGGGUCAUCGACGUCAUCAUAUGUACAGAAAUCGAAGGCGCAAGAAAGGCAUAAAUCGAGGUCUAGGGAACGGCCACACACGGCUUCGACACAAGGUUCCAAUAAGGACGAAAGUCGUGGAGCACCGAGACGCGCAGAUACCAUGGCAAGAGAAAACCUCCCGACUGAGCUUCCCAAGUCACGUGCAGAGUACCAUCUUGUUCUUAUGGAUGAGAUCACCAGGGUCACGCAGCAUCUCCAACACUCACCACCGCGCAAGUACACAUUCAAGGAAUGGACAUGGUAUCUGCGCCUUAUUGGUGAGGAUGAGAGCAGCUCUGAGACUCACACAAAGCCUGAGCGCAAGCCGAAACCUAGAGAUGGACAUAGCCUGGGUGGUAGCAGCGAGGAAAGCGAGGCCGGGGACAGCAAUAUCACCAAAUGGAGCUGGGUCGGACACCGCAGUCCGCUAAUGGACACGAAAGAGGAGGCCGAAUGGAUCUUGGAUAGACUUGAGCAGAGAUUGUUGGCAGAAUUA